ACAAUAGUAAUGACUGGAGGUGCUGGGGCUGCUUUGAGCAACGUCCCCGGCCUGAAGAGGCGGGAAGCUCCGGUCCUGGUCCUUCCCUUCCUGCCGCCCUAGUUUGGUGACAGACUGGUCAACGUUGUGAAGGGCAAAGAUCUUUGGUGAAGGGCAGGGAACGCUGGGACGGAGAUGUCGGCGGCUCCUUCACCCGCUGCCUCGGUCUAAGGGCCCGGCCCCGCUUCACCCGGAACUGUCUGCGGCCCCACUAACCCGGGCAGAGGCAGAGAGAGAGCAGACACACACACAGACUGCAAUGCAGCAGCGCUCCUGGCUCCAGCGCUGCCUGGGUUUAUUUCCUGGGAAGAAGUACUUCGGGACCUAUCGCUUCCUCCCGUGUUUCUUUGUACUGGGCGGCGUGAUGGAGUGGAUCAUGAUCAACGUGCGCAUCGGGCACGAAACCUUCUACGAUGUGUACCGAAGAAAACGUUCUGAAAGGCAGUACCAGCAGAAAUUAGAAGACAUGUCUGCACCUGAAAAUCAGCAGCCAUCAAAAUAAGACACCGGAAAAUUUGCAUUAAAUUUGUAUUAAACUAUUUCCUAUUUAAAACUGUAAUAUUUCCUGUGAUUUAUAUUUUAGUACAUCUUGAAUACAAUGAAGCAUUUCCUGUGGUUACUUGUUUGAUUGAAUUUUCUAUUUGUCAUCCACUUGUUUUGUAUUACACCUUGCAUCUUUAGAUAUUUGAAAACCCACUUAUUGCUUGAAGUACCAUCACUCUUGACAUAGUGUUACAUCCAUACCACCCUGCGCUGUGGUAUAAUUAGUCAAAUUUGUGUUCGCUGAUGCUAGAGGAAGAAUGUUAAUAAGGAUAUCAGAAGCACUUGCGCUCUUCAAAUAAUUUAAUGGAACCUUUUAGUUCCACCGGAAGAGGGAGUAUUUGUAUUUCCUUUUGUUCAAACAACAGCUCUUUCAACACAGGAAAGGAGCUUGACGACUCAGCAUUCUAACUCGUGCCAUUAACUGAAACACGCUGCUCCAAAGAAGGGGACAUGAGUACAAGGUUGACAAAUAAAACAUUUAUGAUGAAAGAUUGGAAUGUGAAACAUAGUUCCACAUUAAAGUCUCGACCUUGGUGCAUUAAAGAAAUGGCUUGAUGGAUAUACUGUAUUCUCAUUGAUUAGAGCUCUAUGGGGAUAGGGUAGAAAGGGAUAAUUAGAGGGUGGGGGGAAAAGCUUGCGUGGAAUUUAAAUGGCAAAUAUAAUUGUGAUAGCGCGACUUGUUUCUGAGAUUUCUUUGUUGUGCCUGAAUUCCUGCUAAUGCCAUUCAAUGAUUCCCAAAAGAAGACUGUGAGCUUGUUAGAAGACCACUGGAGAAGGGUCUCGAGCUAAAACGUCACCUAUUCCUUAUCGCCAGAGAUGCUGCCUGUCCUGCAGAGUUACUCCAGCAUUUUGUGUCUAUCUUCCAUGUAAACCAGCAUCUGCAGUUCCUUACUACACAAGAGACCACCUUUAUACCUUGCUACAAGUACCUUGGCAGUACAAAACUGCUGAGCGGCAUUAGUACUUAUCGAGUGAGUGCAUUUAAUUUUUUUAAUAUCUGUCUACGAUUAUGAGCACAGUAGGCAUUUAUGAACUGAAAUAUUAAAUUGACGGUCUUAGGUAA